AUACUCAAAAGUAUUAAGCAUCUGAUGUCAGAGUGCAUAAGUAAGUGCCUAGAGCCAUCGCAAUCAGCCACUAAGUUGCUUGCAACUGGCGAGAACAUUGCGGGGACACGCAGGUCGCCUAACAAUCCAUCACGCCGUGUGUUGAGAAGAGUUAACAAAGAGAGAAGAAAGCACAAGCAAAACAAAGCACAGAUGUAUGAGAGUUUGUCUCGACGGAGUUUGUUCGCUCUUGAAGAGUUGAAAGCACGCAGCGUUUGGCGGGGAAAGAGCGAACAAAAGGAGGAAGAAAAGUUGGCGAUGGCGAUGGCGACUCUAUCGUCUAGGGAGGUGUUUAAGGCUGGGGAUUAGGUGCUUGGCCAUUUUUUCUCUCCUCUCCUCCGACUGUAUGGUGAAAGAAUGUGACCCACUGUUUCUAUCUCGCCACCGGCGGUAAAUCUGGAGCGGUAACAAAAAAAAAGUGAGAAAAAUUUGACAGCGGAGUUUCAAAGGGAACUUCAGAA